AUGCUAUUCGAUUGUCAAGCCCUUCUUGUGGCCAGGGAAGGAGUGGCGGAAGGGUACAAUUGGCAUGUUGGGCUUUUUAACAAAAAUGCAUCAACAUACACUGCGAAAGAUCGGAUUAAGCAAGCCUUCAGCGAAUGGCAAGAAAGCGAAAUCCAGGUUUCAUUCCAUAAGGCUUGGGCUUCGGUUUGUAAACAGAUUCUUCAACUCGACCUCCUUGGUUAA